AGAAGCAAAGCGGUAGUUUUUUUUUCAUUCCCAGAAGCUCUGGGGAUCGCCAAAAGCGAUCUCCGGAGCUGAGUAGUAAAAAAUAAAAAUUUGUGUGAAUUUUUGGUGUCCACACUCUCUGUAGCUUUCCCUUAUCUUCCUCCCUCCCCUCAUUCGCCAUGGAUUUCGACGACCAUGAUGAAGCCGAGGAGGAGAUGGGACUCUCCAACUACGAACCCGGCCUCGGUAAUUCUGGCCGCGAAAAGCCAACCGUUACCGCCGCCGCAACAGCCGGCGUUUCGGAUCCCGUUAACCGUAAACCUGCACCCGGCGUUCGUUACCGCGAGUGUCUUAAGAACCACGCGGUCAGCAUCGGCGGCCACGCGGUUGACGGCUGCGGCGAGUUCCUGCCGGCAGGGGAGGAAGGCUCCCUAGACGCA